GUCGUUUCUGCCUCGUUUCAACGAUCGGGCAUUCGCCGGAUAACCUCCUAUUAUCCAUCUUCGAUCUCACCCCUCCCCCUCCUCCUCCGUCUUCCGCCUCCCCAAUUCCGCUCACAUCAGAGCGACCCCGCGGGCGCGAGUCCGUCGCUUUUGUACAGUGCGCUGAGGAAUCGGAUGUUUUCUAUACUGGCAUAAGCGGGUUUCGAUCGUUUGCUUUUUCGACUUCGACUCUCGAUCGCUGGGGUUAAAAGGAUGAGUCAGGGUUUCUUCCAUCAUCUCGACCCUUUUGCCAUUACAACCGAGACGCCCUUUGAUCGCUUAUCCCGAGUUUCCGCAUUCGCCGUGAAUCGGUAGGAGGUUAUUUCUAUCCGGGCUACACCAUCUCGCGCCAUGUCCCGCCGCGAUGAAUCGCCAGAGUCGCAUCGCAGUCCGCGGGAAAGUACGUCAGGGGAACAACCACAGGCACCCGAGGAGGAGGAUUGGUCGGCCCAGGAUCCCGCUCCCGCAUCCGCAUCGCAACUUUCACGAAGCCAAUCCCUGCAUAUAGAACCGGACGCUGCUGCCCCUACCCGCCCGUCGAUCUCUCCGUCGCGAACCCUGUCGGAUUCCGGUCGUCGCUCGUCGCAGCACCAUGUUCGCUUUUCGACCGACUUGGAGCGUCCCUCGGCGGAGGAGGUCCGCGUUCCCAAUUGGGACCGACGCCCAGGGUCCCGCGGUUUAACCAUCAAUACCGAUGUUGCACAUAAUCAGAUUUCCCCGUCUGGCAGGUCUCCAGGCCAGGGAACCGCUUCGCCCUUCCCCGACACGGGCGGGCGUUCACGGUCGCGCAAUCGUGGAUACUCCCUCCGACGUACGAUAUUUGCGAAGAACAUCGAGUCGCAGUCGGGGGUUACCUCUCCGGAUGCGAAUGAGUCGGGUCAACCUCAAACAGUUAGCCCGCAGCUAGAAUCGACUCCUGAGGUUCCGGUGAAAAGUUCGAUGGAGGAACCGCGCCGGUCAAUGUCGACCGAGGAGAAGCAGGACGUGCUUGUAACCACGACAUAUUACUCGGAUCCUUCCGAGGAUCUCAAAAAUGAAGGGCAAAUUGCUACCGCCGUCUCGUAUGAGCGCUGGCUCAAGAAGAGGGCAGCGUUCACCACGCUGAUGGUCCGCGUGGAGACCAUGCUCGAGACAGUCCGCAAGACCAUCCUUCGCAUCAAAGACAUCCCCCCUAGCAAAGACGGUCGCCACAUCGACCUCGAUGCUACCCGCACCGAAGACCUCAUUGAUGAGAGGACAGGGAAAGUCUACAUCGGAAAUUACAUCCGCUCCAGUCGCUAUAGCCUGUGGAGUUUCUUUCCUCGUCAGCUGUUCGCGCAGUUUACCAAACUGGCCAACUUUUAUUUCCUUAUUGUCGCCAUUCUGCAGAUGAUCCCGGGACUGAGUACCACUGGCUCGUUCACCACGUUGGUCCCGCUCCUGAUUUUCGUUGCCAUCUCCAUGGGCAAGGAGGGGUUCGAUGACUGGCGUCGCUAUCGCUUAGACAAGGAAGAGAACAACCGCUAUGCGCCUGUCUUGCGUCCUGGAUCUGGGAUGUUUUCGCAGUCUGCUCCCAGCGAUGGUGUUUCUGUAUCGAGUGAUUCCCAGGAUUGGGCACCGGUGAAGUGGCAGCACAUCAAGGUGGGCGACGUCGUCCGGUUGGAGCGGGACCAACCUGUCCCGGCGGAUAUGGUCUUGCUCCACGCGGACGGACCCAACGGGGUCGCGUACGUCGAAACGAUGGCCUUGGACGGUGAAACCAACCUGAAAAACAAGCAACCUUCCCAACCUGUGGCCAAGCUGUGUGGGACCGUUGAAGGCAUCUGCAGCAACGCCCUUCACUUUGCCGUCGAGGACCCUAACAUGGACCUCUACAAAUUCGACGGAAAUGUGACGAUGUCCGCGGAUGAGAAGCUGCCAUUAACCAACAACGAUAUUAUGUACCGUGGUAGCAUUCUGCGCAACACGGAAAGGGCAUUUGGCAUGGUCAUCUACACUGGCGAGGAGUGCAAGAUUCGCAUGAACGCAAAUAAGAAUCCUCGCAUCAAGUCGCCCUCCCUCCAGGCCAAGGUCAACCGAGUUGUCAUGUUGAUUGUAACUCUUGUUGUUGUGCUGGCAGUGGCUUGCACCAUCGCCUACAAGUACUGGGCGCAGGAUGUUCAGUCUAAGUCAUGGUACCUCUUGGACGCAAACGUGCCUAUUGGGCCCGUUUUCACGUCAUUCCUGAUCAUGUUCAAUACGAUGAUCCCCAUCUCGCUGUACGUGAGUAUGGAGAUCGUCAAAGUGGCCCAGAUGCUCCUCUUGAACUCCGACAUCGACAUGUAUGACCCGGAGACCGACACCCCGAUCGAAGCCCGCACGUCCACUAUCAACGAGGAGCUCGGUCAGGUCAGCUAUAUCUUCUCCGACAAGACCGGCACUUUGACAAACAAUUCGAUGCGCUUCCGAAAGAUGAGCGUAGCUGGGACUGCGUGGUACCACGACUUCGAUCUUCUCGAAGAGGCGGCCAAAGCGGGUGACCAGACGAAGCUGAUCCACAAGAAACGCAAGGGAAAGAAGGCGAUGAGCCGCAAGUCCAAUGUUUCCGAAGCGCGGAGAGAACCUCCCCGAACCUCGACGUCGAUGAACGGACCGCAAGUUCGUGGUAUCUCCAUGCGCAACCAUCGAACCACCGAUAUGCUCAAGUAUAUCCAGCGCAAGCCAUACACGGUCUUUGCCCGCAAAGCCAAGAUGUUCAUCCUGGCCAUUGCCUUGUGCCAUACCUGUAUUCCGGAAGACGAUGAAGCCGGGAAUGUUUCGUUCCAGGCGGCAUCUCCGGAUGAGCUGGCUUUGGUCAUGGCUGCACAGGAGCUGGGGUAUCUUGUUCACGAUCGGCAACCAAACACACUCACCAUUCGGACGUAUCCCAACGGACAGGAUGACAAGGCUUGCGAUGAGGUUUAUGAGAUCAUGGAUAUCAUUGACUUCUCCAGUGCUCGCAAGCGAAUGUCGGUUGUGGUCCGCAUGCCCGAUCAGCGCAUCUGUUUGUUCUGCAAGGGCGCCGAUAGUAUCCUGAUGCGCUUGCUCAGACGUGCCGCCCUCGCGCAGGAGAAGGCGGGGGAUAUCGAGAGACGCGUGAGCAAACGGAAGGCGGCCGAGGCUGCCCAGGUCGUGAGGCGGAACAGCGAGUACCACAGCCGGAAGGACAGCGGCCUUCGGACCAGCUUCGGUCGACCGAGCACGACGCAUCGCCGAUCGAGCAUCACCGGCGACCAUGUCUCUGCGCUGAGAGAAAGUAUCGAUGUCUGGCUCCGUGACAGAGAAACUGACGGCGGUCGUCUGACCCGAGGAGACGAUCCGGAAUACUACAGCCCCCGGCCAUCGGCACAGCUGGGACGGGCUUCUAGCACAUGGUCGGACUCGGGAGUUCUGUGUUUCCAGCAUCUGAACGAUUUUGCCACGGAGGGGUUGCGGACGCUCCUGUAUGGACACCGCUUCCUUGACGAUGCCACCUACAACGAGUGGAAGGCGGCCUAUCGUGAGGCCUGCACCAGCCUUGUUGACCGGCAGGAGAAGAUCGAGAAGGUUGGUGAGGAUAUCGAGCAACAGCUGGAGUUGACGGGCGCGACGGCCAUCGAAGACAAAUUGCAGAAGGGCGUCCCGGAGGCGAUCGACAAGCUCCGGCGUGCCAACAUCAAGAUGUGGAUGCUGACUGGCGACAAGCGAGAGACGGCCAUCAACAUCGGUCACUCUUGCCGUCUUGUCAAGGACUACUCGAACCUCGUCAUUUUGGACCAGGAGACCGGAGAGGUUGAGCAGUCGAUUGUCAAGAUGACGGCAGAAAUCACGCAAGGCACGGUGGCCCAUUCAGUUGUCGUGGUUGACGGACAGACGCUAUCGACCAUCGAAGCCGAUGAGAUCCUGGAGGCGCAGUUCUUCCGGUUGGCCGUCCUGGUUGACUCGGUCAUCUGCUGCCGUGCCAGUCCCAAACAGAAGGCCUUCCUGGUCAAGUCGAUUCGCCGGCAAGUGAAGGGCAGCGUUACCCUUGCGAUCGGCGACGGCGCAAAUGACAUUGCCAUGAUCCAGGAAGCGCACGUCGGCAUCGGGAUCACCGGUAAAGAAGGGUUGCAGGCGGCUCGCAUCUCGGACUAUUCCAUCGCGCAGUUCAGGUUCCUGCUCAAGCUGCUCCUUGUCCACGGUCGGUGGAACUACAUCCGCGCGUGCAAGUACACGCUCGGCACGUUCUGGAAGGAGAUGCUGUUCUACCUGACCCAGGCUCUGUACCAGCGCUGGAACGGGUACACCGGCACCAGCUUGUACGAGUCGUGGAGCUUGAGUAUGUUCAACACCCUGUUCACCUCUCUGCCGGUCAUCUUCCUGGGCAUCUUCACGAAAGACCUGGCUGCAUCCACCCUCCUCGCCGUCCCGGAGCUGUACACCAAGGGCCAGCGCCAUGGCGGGUUCAACAUCCGGCUGUACCUCGGCUGGACAUUCAUGGCCGUGUGCGAGGCGAUGUUGAUAUACUUCUGCAUGUUCAGCCUGUUCGAGAACGUCAUGUUCACCCACACAGGCAGCGACAUCUUCUCCGCCGGUCUCCUCACCUUCACCGCCUGCGUUAUCGUGAUCAACACCAAGCUGCAGGUCCUAGAGGUCCACAACAAGACAUAUCUCUCCCUCAUCAUAUGGAUCAUCUCCGUCGGCGGCUGGUUCCUCUGGAACCUGAUCCUCACCGUGCGGUACAACUUCAGCUCCGGCGACGGCAUCUACCACGUCCUCGACAACUUCCUGUACCAGUCCGGCCGCGACCUCGCCUUCUGGGCCGUGCUCCUCAUCACCAUCACGGCCGUCAUUGUCUUCGAAACAACCGCCACCGCCCUCCGCGCCCUCUUCUUCCCCACCGACGUCGAUGUCUUCCAGGAAUACGAGCAGGAUUUGGACAUCCGCAAACGGUUCGAAGAAGCCGCCUCCGACGAGCUGCAGCAGGGCUGGGACCACGGGAAGAAGAAACCUAGCUUCGAGCUUGCGCGGGAGGAGGAAAUGGAGGCCCGUGAGCGACAGGUGAGGGAGCUGCUUGCCCGGCCGAGGGUUAUGACUACCAACACCAACAAAACGGGUUCCGGUGUCCCGGUUGAAACGGAAGACGUGGAACUCGAGGGUUAUUAUUCCUCGGGCGGGAAUAACGGGCCUGAUGGCGAGGAAGAGGAAGUGGAAGUCCCAAAGACCCCAAGACGGUCAGUCGAGGUGCAUGAGUUGUUCUCGAAGGGGUUCGGGGCUAUCCGGAAGGGUCAUUUGAAGUGAUGGGGGAAAAAGUUCAAACAAUGAAGAAAAAGGGGAGGAAAAAGCAAAAGGGUUUGUGGAUAUUUGGUUUUUCUUGUUUCUGAUGGGCACAGUACAGAGGUGCAUUGUUGUUAUUGUCUUGUCAUUGUCCUUGUCAUUGUUGAUAAUGAUGAUGAUGAUGAUGAUGAUGAUGUUGAUGUUGUUGAUUGAGCGUCCUGGCGUUAGAGUGGAUACAAUACCCCCCUGGUCGGUUCUCGUCACUCACUCAUUUUUUUGUGUGUAUAUAGAUAUGUAUUUGAAUGGAUGAUGAUGAUGUGGAAGAUUAUGGUUAUACAUCGUUUUGAUAGAUCAUUGCAGAGUGGGUGGUUUUAAGAAAAAGAGAGAGAGAGAGAGAGAGAGAGAGAGAG